AUGGCGCCGAUGUAUGCGAAUGCAUACAUGCAUAUUUUUGAGAGAGAACACGUCCUACAUCCAUACAGAGAACGAAUCGUACAAUAUGUGCGCUUUAUCAAUGAUAUUUUGAUUUUGUGGAAAGGCUCAAUAGCCGAGGCUGAGCAAUUCGUGAAGAAUGUCAACUGCCUCCCCAGUCCUGUUAAAAUCACGGCAAACAUCAGUGAUACAAUGGUACAGUAUCUGGAUUUGGAGAUUCUCAUUAAAGACAAGAAAAUAGAGUAUCAGCUUUAUUCAAAGCCUACUGAUAGAAACACCAUACUGCACUUUGAGAGUGCACAUCCUGAACACAGUAAGAAAUCCUUACCAUACACUCAAUUUUUAAGAGUGUUUCGGAAUAAUUCAUCGGCUGAACGGGUUGAAAAUCAAGUGGAUAGCAUGUACAAUAAAUUCCUCAUGAGGGGAUACAAUCGGCACAUACUUGAUGCAGCUUUAGAUAAAGCAAGAAUGGAAAUGGUGAACACUGUGAAUGUACAGCAACAAACAAGGACAACAAGAUUGACUUUUCCAAUGAAAUUCAAUUCUGCUAGUUCCAAACUUGUUCAAGCUGUUAAGGGGAACUGGAAUAUUUUAACGGGAGAUCCAACUCUGCCUACAAUAUUCUCUCAAAGUCCAAUGAUAUGUUACAAGAGGGAGAAAAACUUGCGAGACUUGUUAGUCCGCACUGAUCCAGAACAGUUAUCUGCGGAAUCAGAAUAA